AUGAAAACUAUAAAGGCUGUCGUGUUUUUUUGGAUAAUCAAUAUUAUCCCAAUGAUGACACUAAACACAAAUAAACAGCCUUCCAAAAUUCCUUUAUCGAGUAAUCUCCAAAAUAGAAGCAAAUAUAAUAUGAUAAAUAAGCUAACUCUAAAUGACGAAUUUAGUACAAAUAUAUUCAAACAACAGGUAAUAAAUGAGCUAAAAGGAAGUGAAGAAGUGUUGAAAAAUAUAAUUUUUAAAAUCUUAAACCAUUUCUAUGAAUAUGUCAAAUAUCGUUUCCUAACCACUUUCUUCAACCUGUAUAUCAUUAACCCCUUUGAUAUACAAAUGGGAAACUUAUUAAACACAAAACUCAACAAUUAUUAUCUCACCAAUAAGUUGAAUAUACCAACUUAUUCAACGCCUUUGUCUUUUGGAUUAUCGUAUGAGAAGGUUAAGGUUAGUAAUGAUGGAAAUGAAAAUUGGUUGAUAAAAUCUAGUAAUAAAAAUACAAACAAAGCAUUCAUAUUAAUGCAUGGCUGGUUUGGUAAUUUGCAAUCCACUCUCCCAUUUUUAAACACCUUAAAACAAAUUGGUGUUUUGAAUAAUUACAAUGUACUAAUAUUGAAUUUGUAUGACAAUAGUAAUAUAUUUGAGAAUAAUGUUGGAGUGAAGGGUAUGAAGCGUCUGUAUGACGGUAUGAAGUACUUGUAUGACAAUUACGGAGUCACCCAUUUUAACGUUUAUACACAAUCUAUAAGUUCAAUUUCAGCAGUAUUAUUAUACAAUCUUCUCUAUACUUUUAAAAAUACUGCAACAUACUCAGAUUCUGGACCGAACAACUCAUUUGAUGAUCCAGAAUUAAACAAAGAAAUGGCCAAUUCACAACUGGUCUCAUUUGAUAAUCAGUUUUCAGAAAUGGGUUUCCAUUUAGAUGAAAAUUUUGCUAAGGAUGUGGAAAUUGAAAAGCUAAUUUUAGAAUCACCAGUGGUUAACGUUAAGCAGUACUUACUAAACGACAAGUACUACAGUAACAUUAUCAACAAUUUGUACCUCAACAACAGAUACUUCUCCAAUUUCAAUGAUUAUAUAAAUAAGCUGAACAUUUGUAAAUAUGUCAACAAGGAGUUGCUGAAAAAGUUAAAUAUUUUGCAAGGAGUGAAAGACGAAAUCACAACAAUGAAAAUGCUACAGGAGGAGUUUUCAGGGCUAGGAAAACUUCCAAACCUCUUCCUAUUCAAAAACUCAGGCCAUAUCGACCUUUGCAAGAACGACUCCAAGGACUAUUUAAGCACCCUAAAGUACAUACUCAAAAACCCAUUUCUCAAAUUCUUCCAAUAUAACAGUAACAAAGUCAAUAAACUGUAA